UUUAAUAAUGCGAGAUGUUCUUUUUGGAAGGAACCAAAGAGCAAAACGUCACAAGGUUAUUGGUCUGAUGAGGGAUGUCGACAGAAAACAGAUGUCAAGAACAAAGAUGUUGUUGUUUGCGUUUGCGACCAUCUAACUAAUUUUGCAUUGCUAAUGAGUCCAUCAGUGUCACCGAUAAACGAGGAUCACACCAAGGCUCUAUCAGUCAUAUCUAAAAUAGGAUGCAUCGUUUCCAUGAUCUUUCUAGUUUUGAGUGUAGCGAUACACGCUUUUUUCUGGAGGUUCGUUAAAUCGGUCCGGACAAUUGUUCAUACAAACUUAUCCAUUUGGCUAAUUGUGGCUUAUAUCCUGUUUCUUGUCGGAUUUAACAGAACAGAAAACAAGGACAUUUGCACUGCUUUUGCGGUACUUCUUCAUUUUGUGUUUCUGGUCGUUUUCUUCGGAAUGCUGACAGAGGGAUGCAGCAUCUCGUUUCCUGUUCUAAAACCUUUAAGUUCUAGAAAACCUGGCAUACCACUAAUGAUAGCGUCAUAUGUCAUCGCUGUUAUAAUUGUUGUGAUAUCUACGGGUGUAACACAGCUACACGGAUAUGGAUCCGAACAGGCAUGCUGGUUAUCAACUGAGACUGGGUUGAUAUGGGCUUUUCUUGUUCCGGUCUUUUUUGUUGUUCUGGUAUGUAUACUUUAUUGCUUGUUAACUUGUAAAGCCAUAAAAGAGCCUUUAAAUAUUCCAUCAUUGCAGUCAGCUAUUGUUAUAUUUUGCUUUGAGUCACUCAUGUUGAAAAUCAACACACGUGAUUCAUCCGUUAAUGCACAUUUUAAAAUAGAGAAACAUGAUAUAGCUUACAUAUAUAUUAUGUCACAACGUAUUAUUUAUUCGUGCUUUACAUGA